AUGGCCAGUAAAAAAGGCACACAAACUGACGUCCUCCAAAGCCUCGAAGGCAGACUUCUUUUCGCCGUCCCCAAGAAGGGCCGUCUUUUGCAAGCCUGCUUAAACCUCCUCGAGGGCGCCGACAUCCAGUUCCGUCGCGAGAACCGUCUCGACAUUGCGCUCGUCAAGAACCUCCCCAUUGCCCUCGUUUUCCUUCCCGCCGCCGAUAUCCCCACCUUCGUUGGUGAGGGCCGUGUCGACCUCGGUAUCACUGGCUACGACCAAGUUCAGGAGCACGAUGCCGGCGUCCGCGCCGCUGCCCGCGCCCGUCGCCAGAGCGGCGAGUGGAGCGCCCAGGACGGCGAAAAGGCUAAGCCCCAGGGUUGCGAUACCGUCAUGGACCUCGGCUUCGGCGCUUGCAAACUCCAGGUCCAGGUUCCCGUUAAGGGCGAGUACGCCACCGGCAAGGACUUGAUCGGUAAGAACAUCGGCACCAGCUUCGUCCACCUUGCGCAAGAAUACUUUGCCCGUCUCGAGCUGGAACAGGAGGGUCUUGUGGAUGCCAAUGCCUCCCAGUUGGCCGGCCGUAAGCUCAAGACUCAGAUUAUCGAGCUCAGCGGCAGUGUCGAGGCUGCCUGCGCUCUUGGUGUUGCCGACGGCAUCGUCGAUCUUGUUGAGUCUGGAGAGACCAUGAAGGCCGCCGGUCUCAUGGCUAUCGACACCGUCGUUUCAACCUCCGCCAUCCUCAUCAAGUCCAAGGCCCCCAGCAACCCGGAGAUGGUUGACCUCAUCGCGGCCCGUAUUGGUGGCGUUAUCACCGCCCAAAAAUACGUGCUCUGCCAGUACAACGUCGAGCGCACCCGUCUGGCCGAUGCCACCAAGAUCACCCCCGGCAAGCGCGCCCCUACCGUCACCUCGCUCGAGGCCGAGGGCUGGGUUGCCGUCAGCGCUAUGGUUGAGAAGAAGCGUAUCGCUACUGUCAUGGACGAUCUCACCACCGUUGGUGCUACUGAUAUUAUCGUGCUCGACAUCCACAACACUCGUGGCAGCAGGGCGUAA